CCAACUUAUACAUUCUAGAGUCCAGACCAAGGCCAAUUUCAACUUUGACCAACUUUUUCCAAUCUUAACAUGAAAGAGGGGAUAUGAGACAGAAUAGAAAUAAGAUGAUGAAAUUUCUUCCGACACCAAGAAUAACCCAGAUUUUAUUUUCAAUUAUAAACCCAACAAAUCCUCAAAAAAAUCCUUACAAUGAAGAAUUAUAUACAACCCACAUUUCAACCCUUCAUCCUCUUUAGUUAUCUCUGGUACAAUGGAUUGAUCUUGAAGUCGCUUAAGUUCUUCCAAUCCGGACUAAAAAGAGGAAACAAUCAGCUAUAUAUCUUGCUGUUAAUAAACGACGGAAAAAUCCAGCCACAUAUUACUUUCCGGAAUAUCUAAAAUCAGCAUUUAUUUUAUUAGAAUACUUGCUAGCUUACAUUAAUAACUUAAAUCAGUUAAGAUUUGAGCUUCCAAAGAUACUAAAAAAAAACAGAUCACACUCACAAUCCAAUCAACUGGACUAAUGUGCACACAAUUGUACGUAAACUUAAUAUUUGGCCCGUGCAUAAAGCUAAAUGAACCGGGGUCCAUUUCUAGAAACAUCAUUUGUAAGAAGAACUUGUGAGAACUACUGAACUUUGCCUGAUUUCACAUAAAUACCCAUAAUCUAGAAAAGGAGUUCACCAUUAGAAUGAUUAUAGAUGGAAGAGGCAACCUUAUUGUAACUUGGAAUUGAAGUAACCUAAACUCUUGAAGUGAAGUGCCAUUUAAAUUUAAAAAAUCAACUAACAACAUGAACAAAUAGUUAAAAACAUUAAAGGUUUAUCAACAUCUGAUGCUGAUUUGAAGAGUAUUUAUUUGGUAACGAUCAGGAUGAAUGAAUUAUGAAGUUAUUAUUCAGAUUUAGGGAACAUUUUGGUUAGAAGAUGCAUCGAAAAUGAAUCCUAUAAUAAUCAUUUUUGUUGUUUGUGGGUGAGGGUCCAUGGCUCUGAGCUAUUUUAGAAUUUUAUAUUGGAUUGGCUUUUUAAUGCUCAAGUACUCAUUAUAUAUUUUUCAUUUAUCAUCGUCGCCUUAUAUGGAGUACAAACUAAUGGUUAUGCUUUAACAUCAAUAUUUCAGUGAUUAUAAUCGGCUUGACCACAAAAUUGUAUGAUUAUACGAUAUUUGACAUGGAAAUGCUCAAGAUUUGGGGCGUUGAUGAAAAAGUUGUAGGGCCAAUCUACGAAUACAUGAAUCACAAAACUAUAGCUGAAAGACAAACUUCUCAAUACAAGUAUAGAAAUAUCCAUCACCCUCCAGUUCUCCCUUGUGGUUUCCUCCAUGACCAACUCUUCAAGAACUUGACAAUCAACAAGCUUGUAAUGCUCCCAUCUAGGUACAUCACGUGCUGAUGCUUUCCCUAUUUGGAGGUGGGUAUCAUGGAUUUAAGGGACCCUGAUAAAGGAAUGAAUAACAUUUCACAACCGAGCCUGAUUUUAAAGUCAAGAACUCGGCCACUGAGGAUCCGUUGUGCCUGUGUUAUUCACACUAUGCUGAAUUGUGCUACCUUUCAAAAAUUUUGUCUCGUGAGGGUGUGGAUCAAAUUCCGAAGGUCAAAUUACUUGAGUUUCAGAUCUGAUGGAUUUCAACACCAAAGUAGAUAGAAUUAGUGGUUUGCCCGACGAGAUCCUUUGUCACAUUCUAUCAUUUAUCCCAACUAAAUAUGCCGUUGCGACUAGUGUUUUGUCUACUAGAUGGAAGUAUCUAUGGACUUCUGUUCCCGUUCUCAAUUUUGAUGUCAGGCUUCAUGAAGGGUUUUGUUCCGUCAUCAACUUAAAUGCAAAUCCGGGAUCGGAGACGACAUUCCUGAAUUUCGUUAACAGAGUAAUGCUUCUCAAUGAUAUUUCUAAUAUCCAAAAGUUCCGUCUCAUUUAUAAGUGUCAUCGUAGUCCUGCCCCUAUUUGCACUUGGUUGCAUGUGGCCAUUUCCGAUAAUAUUUUGGAGCUUGAACUUGACUUCUAUUUUUCCCUUCAAAAGGAAUAUAUGAAGCUGCCCAAGAAGCUUUUUAGGUCCAAUACACUUCGAGUAUUGAAACUAUCUCGUAUGCCCCUCUCCGUCCCUUCGCUCGUAUGCUUGCCUAACCUUAAGAUACUAGAAAUUAGAAGUGUGGUGGGUUUAGAUGACCAUUAUACUCAAAUAUUGCUUGCGGGUUGUCGAGUUCUUGAAAAAUUAGUUAUAGAAGAAACCGCAAGGGAAAAGCCGAGGGUGAUAGAUAUUUCGACUUCAAUAUUGAGAAGUUUUUCUUUUAGCUACAAAUUUGUGAUUGACGCAUGGGUGGAUUAUCCGUAUAAAUUUGUCAUAAAUGCUCCAAAUCUCGAGUAUUUCCAUGUCAAAGGCCAUAUAUCAGACAAAUUUGUGGUUACGAGUUUGGCUACCUUGACUGAUGCGCAUUUGGAUCUCCGCUAUACUACCCUUAUUUCGGAUUACGACAAUCUUUGUCAUCAACAGGUAUGUGAUCUCUUCAAAGGGAUCGCAAAUGCAAAGUUCCUUUCGCUUUCUAAUGAUAUGGUUCAGUUAUUAUGCGCGGCCAAUGAUCUGAAUCUGCCUAGAUUUUCCAAUCUGACAAAGCUAGCAUUAGGUAUUGGUGUUGAUAUUUGCUGGAAACGGUUAGCGACAGAGUUCAUCAAAUGCUCCCCAAAUCUAGACGUUCUUACAUUAGAUAAUAAGCAAGGACUUACCAGGGACAUCGAUGAAAUCCGCAAGAAUCCUCCACAGUGUAUGCCUGAGUAUCUGCUCGCCAACGUCAAGGAAAUUCUUCUUCAGGAACUUUAUCGUAACUUCCUGACCGUUCCUGAGACGGCCGAACAUUUGCUGCAGGAUGUGAGUUCUUUGAAGAGACUAACAAUAAUGUGUCAAUGCCCAUUCAUGCUUAGAAACCAGAUUGGUCGUAACUAUUGAAUCACAUUACUUCUAGUUUUCUUGCUGAGCACAGAAAAAUUUGUAUGAAUUGGGUUAUUUGGUUGUAUGCAUUUAUCAUAUCUUGUGAACCAUGCAAAACUUUGUAUGCCCAUAAGUUCGAACUAUAUUAAAGGCCUUGUCGGGUAGCCGACUUUCACCA